AUGCAGAUCCGAUCCAGGUUCACAUGCAAGAGGCGCGGCGUUCGCCGCUGGUUGUUUGCCAAAGAGAUGGACUCCCGCUUCGGACACGAGAUCGCAGAGGCAAUGAGGGAGCGAAAAACUCACGAUGAGGAAUUGUGCAAAAAAGAGAUCCGCUAUCAUCCAGAAUGCCCGAAGCAGAAGGAGUAUUUGCAGUAUCUAUGCCUCAUCGAGGACAGUGAGGAAGAUGAGCACUGUGAGGAGGUGGACCAACUCUUCUCAUGCCUUGACCGUGACAAUGACUCAUCGAGCAGUUCUGCUGGCAAGACCAAAGGUAAGAAGCAAAAGGCGGGGAAUGUGCACCAACAUUAUACGAUUAAAAGUCAGUGCAAUGCUCCACCUUGUUUGAUCGUUCAGGGGAAGACUGGAACAGACAAAAAGAAGGAAAAGGAACCAAAGAAGGUGAAGGACAAGACAAAGAAGACCGGCAAAGACAAGACAGAGAAGACUGAGGCUGCGAAGACCGAGUCACCAGAACAGAAGUCGGCGAGGGAAGAAGCUCGAGGGCACACAACGACAUGGACAGCAAAAUUGGCAACUUACAAGGGUAAGCGAAAUGCAUCGCGCGAUUUCUUUCGGAACACUACUUUGCCAGUUGAACCUGACCUGGUGACUGUGACAUGCAAGGAUUGUGCAGGGAAACCCUAUGAAACACAAAUGGACAUACUGCUACCGGACAAGAUCCUGGAGUACCUGAUAGCCGAGUGCAAAUUCACACUUAGCGAUCAGCUAGUGCAAAGAUAUUGGGCACAUUUGGAGCAUGUUCAGGAUGAAUGGGCGAUGAACACCGCUUUGUUUCGCCAACAUGCCACAAACAGUGUGUGGCCAUUGGGGUUUUAUGGAGAUGAAGCUUGCAUAGGACUACAGGGGAAUCCAACAUUGCAGAUCUGGGGACUCUGGAUGAACAUCAUCCUCUAUCGGCCUCGGGCCACCAGGCUGUCAAGGUUUCUUCUAUUUGCAAUUGAAUCGGACCAAGUUGUGAGUGUCGCAGAGACGAUCUUCCCUGUACUCCAAGUGCUCACUACUUCUUUCAACAAGAUUGCUGAAGAUGGUGUGUGUGGCCGCCGGUGUCUUGUGGCGGAAAUCCGCGGGGAUCAAGCAUUCCAUCGAUAUAUAUUCAUGCACCAGUCCUGGUGGAGGAAGACAUGCAUGUGUUUCAGAUGCAGUGCCCGAUCUGACAUGAGCCGACUUAGCUAUCUCCAUCCCGAAUGUCAUUGGAGGGCCACGAUUCGUUCGACACAGGAAUUUGUGAGGCAGGAAUUGCCAACAAACAAUUUAUGUCCGUUGAUCGAUCUUCACUUUUUUUCUGUGUGCUUGCUGAAACAUUGCUCUCUCCACAUUAUCAAUCUGGGCCUUCUCGGAGUGUGUAACGGGUCGGUGCUGGGAAUGCUCCUGGAGAUGGGAUAUUUCGGAGACACUUCAGAUGGAUAUCAGGAACCUCUGAAUACAGCCUUUACCCAGUUCAAUGCUUGGCGACGAAUUCACAAAGUUCCCUCAUCCCAAAGGAGCUUUAGUGCCAGGGCAUUGCAGCGUGCCAAUUACGGGUAUUAUUUGAAUGCAAAGGGCUACAACAGUCGAGUAAUAUGUGAGUGGUUGCUAGGCACAGUAGUUCAUGUAAACCAGUCAGACCAGUAUUGCAACGCCGACAACCGAUCACGGCUAUGCGAAGCAGCAUUGAGAGGGAUUUGUCGAUACUUUGGCCUCACGGAGCGCUCCAUGCGCCACUUGCGGCAUGGCUGCAGCACGAAGCGUCGCCACCCGGGCCGGUGCUAG